GUCCAAACUCGGGCUCUGGUGUCGGUUCAGUGGCUGGCAGACGCCGUCAGAAACAAACUCGUCGGUCCAAAACUUCGCAUUCUUGACACUUCUUGGUAUUUGCCGAAAGCGAAGCGUGACACGCGGGAUGAGUUCGCUCAGAAACACAUCCCGGGAGCCUCUUUCCUCGACAUUGACGAGUGCAGCGACUCCACUUCUCCGUACGAUCACAUGCUGCCAACUCCCAGCAACUUCUCCCAGUAUGUCGGAGAUUUGGGCAUCGGGAACGACACGCACGUCGUGGUUUACGACACCAGCGACUUUGGGGCGUUCAGCGCUCCGCGGGUGUGGUGGAUGUUCCGGGCGUUCGGACACGGGUUGGUGUCGGUGCUGGACGGAGGUAUGAAGAACUGGGUGGCUGAAGGACACCCGGUAACAUCUGAGUACAGCAAACCGGAGCGCCAGGAAUUCCGAGCGACCCUGAACGCCUCAUGGGUGAAGAGUUUUGAAGACGUGAUGGAGAACAUCAGAACCAAGGAGGUUCAGGUCGUGGAUGCCAGGUCACCUGGCAGGUUCAAGGGUACCGAACCAGAACCCAGAGAGGACAUUCUUCCCGGUCAUUUCCCUGGAGCGAUCAACAUUCCCUUCACGUCUCUGCGUGACAGUUCUGGAAAGCUUUUUGGACCUGAAGUCCUGACCAAGAUCUUCAAAGACGCCGGGGUGGACCUGCAGCGCCCGCUCUGGGUCACCUGUGGAUCUGGCGUCACUGCGUGCCACAUCGCCCUGGCAGCUCACCAGCUCGGGCAUCCAGGGGCUUGUCUGUACGACGGCUCCUGGGUGGAGUGGUUUCAGAGGGCGUCGCCAGAACACAUCAUCUCCGAGGGGAAAGGAAAGAAGCAAUAAGUUCAACAAGAUAAGACAGAAGGAAGUGAUAAGCCUGAUGGGUCUGUCAUUCAGAGGGUUUUAAAACCUACUUUUGCCUUUUGUGAUUGUAGGCCCAUAAAAUCAUAAAGUAAUGAUUGGUUAUUUCCCAAAACGACACAUCAGGAUGAGUUUGCAACUUCAAAAAAGAAUCAGUUAUUCCUGCAUUCAUGUAUGUAAAAACAAGUGUUAAUUACAGUUUCAAAAUGUCCUUCAAUGAUCUUUCAAACCAUCAGACAAUAAUCAGUAAAUCAUUUUAAGCAUAGAUGCAAAAAUGAACCUGUUUUUUUGCUUUUCUUUGUCCAAAUUAUCCUUAAAGAAGCUUCUUUACUUUAGACCACACAACUCCAAAUAACUCUAAACUCCUUUUGCUGCAGUUUUGCUCCAUAAUUGUCAUUUAUUGGCAAAGUUGAUAUAUUUUAUCUGUGUGGCAUUAGACAUGUUUGGAUUUUGUUUGCACUCUACUGAACAACAAAAAUGCAUUAAAAAAGCAGUUUGUAUGGUUUACAAGAUGUCGAACCAUCCAAUGCUCGACAGUACAGAUGGUUUACUAGACUUCUUUAUGUACUACACUGAAAUGUAUUAGUCAACAUAAACACUCCUAUUUGUCAUGUAUGAAAUUAAUAUAAGGAAAAUAUACAUUUUAGCUCUUUAUAUUUGUGGGUUUUAUUUUCUGAUUAAAAAGAGAAAAUCAAGCAGUCAGCAUAUUAUCUAAGCAGAAAUUAUAUGUUUGUGUUUAAAAAAUAAAAGCCUUCAUUCUCAGC